GCGGCCGGAGGGCGGACGGGGCAGACGGACGGGCGGACGGACAGACAGAGGGACGGAUGGACCGGAGGCCGAGGCUCGGAGAGUCAGUCUCAGGAGCCCGCAGAAUGGGCGGGGAGGGACCCCUCCGUAAGACGGCGCUCCUCGCAGCCUGGCUCGUCCUUGUCCUCUUGGCGCUGCUCGGGGGCGGAGUGGGGGCCCAGAACUCCGAGGCGCAGCCCCCCCAGGCCUUCCGGACCCUGCCGGACAACGUGACCGUGAGGGAGGGGGACGACGCCGAGCUGCGCUGCGGAGUGCUGGGGGUGCAAGGAGACGUGCAGUGGGCCAAGGACGGGCUGCUCCUGGGCAGCGACCCCCGGAUCCCCGGCUUCCCCCGCUACAGCAUGACGGGGGACCCGCGCAGAGGGGACUUCAACCUCCGCAUUUUGUCCUGCGAGCUGAGUGACGACGCCACCUUUCAGUGUCAAGUGGCCAGAUCGGAAAGUAGUCCCGGGCUGGUGUCUCCCAGCGUCCUGCUCACCGUGCUAAUCCCCCCUAAAGAUGUGCAGCUGAGCCCCGAGGCUGGGACCAUGGUCACCUGGGUGGCUGGACAGAAGUACCCGGUCACAUGCGUGUCUGGGGGCGCCAAACCGGCGGCCGAGAUCUCCUUCCUCCUCAGCGGCCGGCUGCUUCCCGACGUCUCGGUUGCUGUGGAUCCCGAACUCCAGCAGAAACUAUUUCGCAGUACAGCUGAAAUCAGGGUGACGCCGUCGGCGGUGGACGACGGGAAGCAGUUGGAGUGCCAGGCGCAACACCCGAGCCUGGGGACUCCGGUGGCCGCGGCUUUUACCUUGAACGUCCUGUUCCCCCCCGAGCCCCCCACCAUCGAGUGGACGGGGGAGCUCCGCGGCAAGGCCGGGGAGACACUAGAGCUUCCGUGUGUGGCCCGUGGCGGGAACCCGCUGGCCGCGCUGCAGUGGUUCAAGGACGAGCAAGUGGUCUCCACAGCCUGGGAGACAGACCACGUCCACGCCCUGGCCCGCAGCGUCCUAUCCCUGAAGCUGCAGGCAAAGGACAACGGGGCCCGUCUCAGCUGUGAAGCCCAGAACAGCGUUUCCCCGUCCCCGCAGACCUCCAGCCUGACUCUGCGGGUGCUCUUCCCUCCGGAGCAAAUCCGCAUCCAGUCCGUGUCUUCCGACACCUUCUCGCUGGAAGAGAACAAGACCAAGACUCUGCUGUGCAUCAGCGAGGCCAGCAACCCUCCCGCCCGCCUCACCUGGUGGCUGGGCUCCCAGGAGCUGCGGGCCUCCUUCUCCAACCUCACCGAGGGCCAGCACGGUGGUCAGGUCAGCCGCUCGGAGGUGUCCUACACUGCUCGGAGGGAGGACAGUGGGCUGAAGCUGACCUGCGAAGCUUUCAACGAAGAUUUCAAAGAAGAGAUCUCCAAAGAACACCGCCACGCCCCCCCAGACCGAAGCCGGGAGAAGCCCAAGUGGCACAAAUCCGUGACCCUCAGUGUGAUCUACCCCAUCCAGAAGCUUUGGAUCGAUGGCCCCAGCCCGGGCCGCACCUUCCGAGCAGGGAACAGGGUAAAGCUCGUGUGCCUGGCCAGUGGGGGCAACCCCGAACCCAGGCUCUUCUGGCUCAAGAACACCGUGGACAUCAAGGAUACGAACCCGCAAGUGAACUUGAGGAACACGGUGUCCCGGGAGCUGCUCCUGACCCUGGCGCCCAGCGACAACAAGCUCAACUACACAUGCAGGGCCAGCUCACGGCGGCCCCAGUUGCAAGUCACCACCUGGUUCCAUGUGCAAUUCCCUCCGGUCAACGUGACCAUCCGCCCGGACAAGCCGGUGCUCCGGCGUGGGGACAACGUCACCCUGACCUGCCUCAGCCGGAGCAGCAACCCCCCGGUCAACCUGUCCUGGGACAAGGAGGGAGAGAGUCUGCAGGGGAAAGACUUGAAGCGGGAGAAAGGUUCCUUUGGCGGUUUCUCGGCCACGGAGAAGCUGAGGCUCCUGGUGUCCUCGCGCGACAACGGGAACCGGGUGACGUGCCGCGCCCACAGCGCCGAGCUCAGGGAGACCGUCAGCGCCUUCCACAAGCUCAAUGUCCUCUACCCCCCGGAAUUUACUGGGGAGCAGGUGCAGGUGGUAGAGGCUCGGGAGAAUGGUGGGGCGGUUUUGUCCGUGACCGUGACCGCCAACCCGCCUCCGCGGGCUUACAACUGGAGCUUCCGGGGCUUCGAGCUUAACUCAGACGGGGGUCCCCGCCACCGGGUCCGACCGGGAGGGGCCUUAGAGCUGUGGAACCUGACGCGGACCGACAGCGGUCAGUACCAGCUGCUCUGCCAGAAUCCCGAGGGGGUCAACCGGACACUGAUACGGCUGGACGUGCACUACGCACCUACCAUCCGCAGCAUCCGGGACCCCAUUGAGGUGGACGUGGGGGGCUCGGUGGAUAUAGUGUGCAUUGCCGACGCCAAUCCCGUCCUUCCGGGGAUGUUCCGGUGGGCUUGGCUGGGCGAGGAGGAGCGGAGCCUGGAGGAGUUGGAGCGGACAGCCGAGGGGACCAAGGGGCGCCUGCACAUCCGGGGGGCCACGCUGGCUCAGGCCGGGGGUUACCAGUGUGUCGUGGAUAACGGGGUCCCCCCACCGGCCCAAGCGCUCACCCGUCUCAUCGUCAGAUUCGCGCCCCGGGUGGAGAGCACCGUGCCAUCCGCCAAGGUAGCAGUGGCCGGAGACAGGAGCGGCUCAGCCACGCUGCACUGCCGAGCCCACGGCGUCCCCGACGUCACCUUCAGUUGGGCUAAAGGGGGCGUCAGCCUCGACCUCCAGGACCCCAGGUACACAGAGCACACGUACCAUCAGGGCACAGUGCACAGUAGCCUCCUCACCAUCGCCAAUGUCAGUGCUGCCCAUGACUAUGCCCUGUUCACCUGUACAGCCACCAACGCCCUGGGCACGGACCACACCCACAUCCAGAUCGUCAGCAUCAGUCGCCCAGACCCCCCGACGGGGUUGAAGGUUGUGAGUGUCUCCCACCACUCGGUAGGGCUGGAGUGGCAGGCGGGCUUCAACGGGGGCCUGGACCAGCGCUUUCGGGUCAGGUACGAGGCUCUGGACACCCCCGGCUUCCUGUAUGUGGACGUCCACCCCCAGCAGGCCACAGCCUUCACACUAACUGGCCUGCGACCAAGCACCCGUUAUCGCUUCUCCAUCCUGGCCCUCAACGCCCUGGGCGAGAGUGACUAUGCCGACAGCGGGGCUCAGCUCCCCAUUACCACCCAAGACGUGGAGCAGACAGCUGGGGAGGACAAUGCAGAGUUCCCCACCGAGCUGCCUGAGGACUCCUCCCCGGUUCCCCUCCUGCCUCUGCUCCUCGGCCUGGGGGCCUUGCUGCUCGCGUCCAACGCCUCCAUCCUGGGAUGCGCGCUUUGGAAGAGGAAGCAGCGCCCCCUGGAGGGGGCAGUCAAGGACAAAGAAGAGGGCUCGGAGCCCCCCGUCGGGAAUGAGUACGAGGAGAACCAGGGUCGGGCCCGGCGAGACAGCGGCAGCUACAGCGGCAGCGACUCCCUGAGCACCGCGGGCAGCAGUGCGGAAUCCUGGCCCCAUCGCCCUCGCCCCCGCCGAGACCUCGCGCUGCGGCUUCUCCCGGCCCUGGAGGAAGAGCCCCCACGGCGAGGGCAAAGGUUGCACGAGUACGAGGAGGUGGGAGGGCCAGGGCCCCUCUACGCUGAGGUGGAAGGGGCCUAUCUCCCCUAUGAAGACCCCUAUGUGCUGUCCGGGCUGGCGCUGUUUGCCGAGUCCGUGUGGGUGGCGUCCGAUCCAUACCGCGUGUACCCGACGCUCGGCGUGUCCGGGAAAGACGACGUCUUCGCCGGGGCCUGGAUCUCCAUCUUCACCGGUUUUGCUUUCUUCCUGGUGGGCAGCCUCGGCCUCGUGGCGCUGCUCCGGCGGAGUCGGUCCAUGCUCCUGACGUAUCUGGUGCUGAUGCUGAUAGUGUACGUGUUUGAAAGCGCCUCGUCCAUCACCGCACACACCCAUCAGGACUACAUGGCCUCCGACCCGUCGCUCAUCACCAAGCAGAUGUUGAUGCACUACAGCGCCCCUGACCACCAGGGCCGAGAACUGACCCGCCUGUGGGACAGCAUCAUGGUGGAGAAAGAGUGCUGUGGGACUUCAGGGCCUCUGGACUGGGUGCAGUAUACGUCGACGUUCCGCACCUCGACCCCUGAGGAAGUGUUCCCCUGGCCGCCUCCCUGCUGCCGAAGGGACCCCAACUUCAUCCCGCUCAGCGAGGAGGGCUGCCGCGUCGGCCACCGGGAUUAUAUCUUCACCAAGGGUUGCUUUGAGCACAUUGCCCACGCCAUCGACAGCUACGCUUGGGGGGUUUCCUGGUUCGGAUUCGCCAUCCUCAUGUGGACCCUGCCUGUCUUCCUGCUGACCCUGUACCAUUACACCACCCUCUGAACCCUCCGAACGCCGGGCCCUGAACCCCUGGGACCCUGCCCUCUGACCUCCCAAGACCGCGCCCUCUGUGCCCCCGGAACGCCAACCCCUGAACCACCGGCCCUCUCCCAAGCCCCAGAAAACCCCGCCCCCCGAGACCCCGAACCAUCACCCUGCGGGACCCCAGGCACCUCGCACUAUGAGGCCCCCUACGUCCCUGGCACUCCACCCUCUAAGCCUCCUGGCACCGGGCCCUUUGAUACCCCAGGAUGGCACCUCCUGAACCCCUGGGACGUCUCUCUCUGAACCCCCUGUACCCCAUCUCCUCGGCCUCAAGAGUCACUUGGCAGCCGCCGAUCCCCCGCCCUUUCCCUCCCUGAUCCCUUCCCGGAUUCGUCAGCCUCCCCACUGACUGCAGAAGCCCCUCUUCAGAGGGGCUAUCCCUCUCCUCCUCACCCCCUUGCUCUCGCUCCUGGCUCUGUCCUCUAAAACGUCCUCAUCCUGUGGACAGACCGAACUCUCCCCGCCCCUCCCCUUUCCAAUAAA